AUGUCGCAGAAGCGCGGCGGGCGGGAGCGGCCGGAGAGUCACGAAGAAGACGACAGGAAGGUAAGGAGGAGAGAAAAAAAUCGAGUUGCUGCACAGAGGAGCCGGAAGAAGCAAACUCAGAAAGCAGAUAAACUUCACGAGGAAUAUGAGUCUCUUGAGCAAGAAAAUACCUCCCUGAAAAGAGAAAUCGGAAAGCUAACAGACGAAAUGAAACACUUGAGUGAAGUGUUGAAGGAUCAUGAAAAGAUCUGUCCACUAUUGCACUGCACCAUGAACUUUGUGACCGUACCAAGGCCUGAUGCACUCGCCAGCUGCCUGCCAAGAUGAGACCUCUCCUUGAUUGCCUUUAAAUGUGAAGUGUGAAAGUGCUGUUAACAAGGGAGAUUUGAAGAACUGCCUACUUAUGGUGCAGGUAUUCCAUCAAAGACAGCUGAACUUGACCAUGCAGCUCUUCUCCACAUUCAAGUGUUAUAGUCUUCUGAAUCUCAGGAAAACACCAGUAUGGAAAAAAGACAACUUGAACUGCAACUUCUUAUUUGGUAGAAUCUUCGAGCCACGGUUUUGCAUUCAGAAAUGUCAAAGUGCGGCGCAGCCCACCAUCGCGUGAUGGAAUGUAGACAGGGAAAAGUACCGACCCUGGGCAGGGAUGCCUUUCUCCCACACGUCCACUGCCAGUAACCCUUUGUCACUUGUCAUCCAUGUAUAUCAUGUUCUGGCUG